GUACGCAAACAACUGUAACUUCUUAUUUACGUCGAUUCCAAAGAUGAAAAAAAAAGAAAACGCUGAACAAUGUUGCGAGAAGAAAUCGUAAAACUAGAUUUUAGAACUAAAGAAAUUCAAUUGAAUUUAAAGCUUCUUUUUAUGAUGAGGAACAACGGUUCUUUUAAAUGCGUGCAAAAAAUACGGCAUCUAAUUAAUCAGUUUGUGUUUUGAGAAGUACAAAAAAAAACGUAAUAAAGAAGAUCCGUCAAAAUUAAAAAUUUGCGGUAAAAACUCAUUUUGUGUGUUAAAUUAAAAAAAAAGGAACAUUAUUUGAAUUUGGUGAACUCUGUUUUGUGUGUGUGUUUGUGGUUUGAUAUGAGAAGACAUCCGACAACGAUUCAACGCAAAUAGCUGAACAUGAAGGGGAAAAUGGGGAGCGGUCGGAGCGCUCGCUUGCCACCGACUCCAACACAUUCGUCGACAAUUCAACGGAUUCGAAUUGAAGCAUCGACGGGAUAUUCGACGGAUUCGACGCCAACGGCUGAUGCAAACAUCAAUGGUUCCGAUUUAUUGCAGCAGUCACAUGUUUUUGAUCGCAUUAGCGACCAUGAACGACAAUACAUUUUAAACGUAUUGGAGCGGAAUAACGAUGUUCAACAACGCGAUGCUGCGCGUCUUGUGGCGCUGCGAGCAGAUUUGCAGCUGUUGCGUGGUAAAGGUGCCAUUAAGGUUGGUGGUUCGUUAGAUAGGCCAAUUAUCGAUUCGAAAUCUGCGUGCGCCCGAUGCUGUCUCGUUUUUGGGUACAUUAAUCGUGGAGCCGAGUGUAAUUUGUGCCAUUUACGUGUGUGCCGAGAGUGCCGAAUCGACAUAUCAUUCUCCAAAAACGAUUGGGUUUGCAUCAUUUGUUACAAAGAAAUGGAAUUGAAGGCAACGAGCGGUGAAUGGAUAUCUGAUUUAUCACGGGAAGUCCAACGCACUGAAUCACACUCAAAUGAGUAUUUAUCUGCAUCGGAAAUAAUUCGGAAAAGCAUUAGACGCUCUUGGACAAUUUCAAAUUCGCAUCAAGUGUACAAUAAUCAAUCGAACGUGAAUCGAAAUGGAGGUGUUGGUGAAUCGCAACGAGCAUUUAUCUCAGCUCCAGUAAAUUCAUGUGAUUCAAACGAAUACAAUUACACGACGAACAAUCGAACGAAUCAUAUCGUAAAUCAUUUACAAUAUCCGAACAUGGACUAUCAAAAUAAUGAAUACUAUGAGCGUACGUCACCACAACGUCGUGUGCUUCGUCAAUCGACAUUGCCCAGCAAUUUACCACAUCCGGAUCAAUAUCAAUAUCAAAAUAAUAUCAAUUUAAUGCCACCGGUAUCGCCAAAUCAACAAAUCAGCCCUCAAUACAGUCCAUACAAUACGGACACCGAGGAAACAAUGGACGCAUCAAAUCCGGAUUUGAGGCAAAUUCGUUAUCCAAUUCGACGACAAUCAACGUUGCCAAGUCGACCAAGCGACCAUCUUUAUCAGCAGCAGCAGCAGCCGCAACAACAACAGCAACAACAGCAGCAGCAACAGAAUCAGUACUAUUUGACAACGUCACCAAAUCGAAAUUACAGUCGAUCACCUGAAAAGUCUGAUUCGGAGCAACAGCUUCAUUAUCCGCCACCAUUUGUAAGACAAUCAACAUUUCCAUCAAACACAUCAAAUGAACAACAGCAAUUUGUUGCUAAUACACAUCGGCCGAAAAUAUUGCCCACAUCGCCAAAUCGCCUCUACAAUCGAUCACCUGAACAUGGCAGCGAACCAGACUUUCUAAAACAACGUCAUCUUGGUGUCGUACGUCAGAAUACACUUCCAAAUCCUGAUCAGCAUAUGAAAUUGUUGCCAACAUCACCACCAAAACGUCAACUAUCGCCACAGUAUAAAAAACGCUCACCAGAAAUGAUACGACAAAGUACAUUACCAUGCAAUCCGGCUGAUAAUUCACUAAAUGUUCCGCAACAAACGAAAUUUCUUCCGAUUUCGCCGCGUUUAAAGCAAAGCUUUUUAUUUCCUCAAGCAAAACAAAAUCCACGACAAUUUUUGUCGCAACAAAAUGUACCGACCGCCGCAACUGAAGAUCCAUAUUCGAGUACGGGCAGUGUGAGUUGUAUACCGCGCGAGCAACAAGUGAAAAUGAUGAAAGUACGAAGUCACAGCAACGAAGAGUAUAGCGCAAAUCGACCAUUUCCACCAACCGAAGGACGGCGAUUACUUCCGGAAAUUCCGCGAAAUCGAUCUCGAUCGCCAAGCCGUUUGGUGCGUCAAGACAAUGUGAAAGAAGAUAUGCGAAUAAAUGAGCAACGGUCACCAAAUAAGCGAACAUUUGUCGAGGCUAAGCAAAUUUUACCCGAAUACGAUGAUAUGAAUCAAAUGAGUGCAUACAACGAUGGUAUGUACAAUAGUGAUAAUGCAUUUCGCGAGGCUGACGAAGAUGAUACAUUCGAUGGCCAGAAACAAUAUCCACCAAAUUACUACAGUUCAAGCGAUCCAAAAUUGCAAUACGACGAUGACGAAAUGGUACAUCCAAUGUCGACAAUGUGUCGGCCGAAUGUCGACAAUUACAUGGUUGAUACACAGUAUAGUUCACCCGAAGAGAGUUCGUGGUACGGACGAAAAGAGCGUUCACAUCGUCGACGUUCACGUGAAUUUACCGAAAAUGAGGUAAUGAUCUCAACAAAUGAACCGGACGAACAUCGUCGCAAGCCCGAAGCAAUGCGAUCGAUAUCGGAAGAUACACCAACAAGAACAGCAAAACAAGCGGUAACUAGACGAACACUAUCCCACCCAGAAAAAGAAUCACAUUCACAGAGUCCAAAAAUACCCAGUCCAAAGCAGUUCAUUGACGUCAUGGAACGAUCGAAGAAACCAUCAAAAAUACCCUCACCUCGCCGCAAAAAUUACAAAUCUAUCGAUAUUCCGGAUACAUCACCGCCAGGUAACCGGAACCAUUUGCAUAUGCAAAAACGUGAUUCGAAAAGUUUCGAUAGCGGUGCUUUGUAUCGGCCAGAAAUGGAUGAUGAUAGCAAUGGUACGUCAAGCAUGGAACGAAUCGAGCGAAUGGAUCGAAUUGAACGUUCGGAUCGAAGUGAUAGUAAAAUCAUGUUACCCACACCACCGAUUCGAAAAUCACCAGCAAAUUCAGUAACAGCCGCAACAGCAAUGUCGUCCUCAUCGUCGUCCGGUAUGACAACAGCAAAUCAAUCAGAGGACCAUAGCAAUAUGAGCGUCGAUCACAAUAAAAUCGAGGCAAGUAAUGGCGCAAGGCAUUCGGCAGUAAACGAAAAAGUUGAAACGGAACAAACGACCAGCGAACCGACCGAGCAUAAAACUACAUUGGGCGAAGCAGAAAUUCAAAGUGCCGUUGAAGCAGCUGCGGUUAUAUUCAAGAAAGUUGUGCUACAACGACGCCAAGCAGCUAAAAAAGCCAACGAAGAAGGCGAACGUGUACGGAAUGUGUCUUUGAUGCAGGACGAUGUAUCAGAUUAUGAGGGUAGCGCGACAUUAAAAAUGAUUUGCCCGGAAAGUGAUGAUUAUAAAUUGGUGUUUAUCAGUUCGGAUUCAUCGAGUUUGGACGAUGUUGAGGACAGCAGUUCAACAUGCUCAUCAACAAAUCGGCACAGUAUUUCAUUGGAUGAUUGUGAUUGGGAUUACUUUGAGCCGAACACAACAGCAACCACAAAAACAAUAUUCCGUGAUUGUGCAAUACAAUCGCCAUUCGUUUCACCAAAUUUGCAAAGGCGUCGCAUGAAUAUUCACGCCGAUAUCCAUACAACCGACGAAGAAUUCUUGGCACAUAGCUCUUCGCCAACGAGUAGUGAUGGUUUUGUCGAUAUUCGUCGAAAAUUAUCACGAUUCAAACGAACAAUUCGACAUUCGGUGAACAAAAGUAAUACAUCAUGUUCAGGAUCUCGAUGCGAUUGUGGUCAUCAACCUCAAUACGUAGCGAUUCCGGUGCCAGUGCCAAUUUUCGUUAUUGGAGACGAUGCAAAUAGCUCAGAUGUACGAGCAUUACAAAAGAAACAAGCCGCUGAAUUAUUUCAACUAUGGAAUACAGCCGCCCCAUUGCUUGCCCAUCAACCACACCAACGAAAUCACAUCGAAUCGCAUAAGACGAUUGCCAGCGAACUAUUGAAGAAUUAUGCUACACAAGUGGAAACCAAUACAACACCAACACACGCAACAUUGCCAAAUAGUGUUGGCCAAUGCAGCAACAGCGGCGGUGGCAGCAGCAGUGGCUGCAGUAAAAGCAAUAGCAACAGUAGUAUUGCAUAUGCAGACGCAUCGUCGCGUAACCAAGAAAAUGACACAAAACAAGAAGAAACAACACUUACAACUAGCGGCCAAUCUAGUUGUGGCAACAUUAACGAUUGCAAUAAGCACACGAACAACGGCAACAUCAACACAUGCAUAACAACGCAUAACGAUCGCUCAAAACAAAUGAACAGUCUCAGUACCGGACCAACUGUCGAUCAAUGCAUAUCCACCAUAAAUGUACGCACUAUAAACGAUACAGAGAAAAAGUUGAACAGUGAAAUAAAGAGCCGACAUUUUGUAGCGACGCUCAAAAAUGAAUUGGCUACGAAUAAAAUGUGUGAUGUGACCGAUGCAAAUCCGUUAAAUUGUGUCAUUUUCAAUGAUCAUUUAGAUGAAUUAAGUGAUUUAUCGCAUGGAAUUGUGAAAUGUGACGAACUACAACGAAAAUCAAACCUCAAUUUGCCGAACAAUCGAUCAAAGGUCAGUGUAGAUCAAGAGAAAAGUGCCGCCGUCACCGCCGUCGCCGCCGUUGUUGUCAACGAAUCGUUAAGUGGAUUUAAUUUAAUUAGUGAUUUUUCAAAAACAAAAUCCAAUUCAAACCAUUCAAAUGCAAUAUCGCCAAUCAAAGCGAACAAUAAAUAUCGUGAUUUAUCCAAAUGCAGUGCAAUGAAUAGAAAAACAAGCGAUUCAGUUAUACCCGACGAUAGUGGUACAGGUGCAAGUGAUAUGGCUGGCUAUUUGCGUUCCGAAAUGUUUACAUCGCCAUCGUCGUCGUCAUCAUCAUCGUCUUGUGAUUCUUCAUCGUCGGAUGCCAGCGACGAUGAUAAACAAAACAAUCAUUCAACAUCACGAAGUAAAUCAAUCAAACGAAAUUACGAUGUAUUGAAUGCAAAAACGGUGAAAGAAAAAGAGAAACAAAGCUCAAUUUCGGUAAGUGGAUCAAGUGAUUGUGAAGAUUUGCUAUCGAAUUCGACUCGUGAUCGUCCGAGUUGUUCGUCAGCGCCCGAAGCAUCCGACAGCGAUGACAACAAUUUUAAAAAGCACAGUUCGCUGGCCGAUCGUCGACCCAAAUCAAAAGGUUUUUACAAAGUAUUUGUUGUGAAUAAAAAAACUGGAUCAUCCGAUAGCGAUUCACAAAGUACGAACGUCAAUAGUACAGAUGAUUCAAGUGAUAAUGACACCGACACUGAAAAAAUUGUAUUGAACUACAUAAAGCCAUUGCCAGAGAAUGGCAGUGAAACGGUUAAUUAUAUCGAUGAUACAACGACCGAAAGUUACGAUGACAUCGAUCAAAACGAUGAAAUUAUACUGUGUUCUAUCAAGCGGAUCGAUGACGAUGACGGUGAUAAUAACGGAAGCAACGGCAGCAACGGCACCAACACCACCGUGCCGACGUGCGAACAACAAAAUAAUAAUGAACCUGUUUUUUUGGGUAACGAUACAAAAGGGAAAUGUAACAAUGUAAACGACAGCAACGGCGACAGUAACGAAAUAAACGACGAACAAAGCUCCGAAGAUGAGAACGAACAAACGGUGAUUGAAAGAAUGCCAAUCGAUGAGAAAUCAUGUGAAACAGACACAAAGCACAAAGAAAAUGCAAUCAUGCAACGAAAUGAACAAGUUGACCUUCAUAAUCAAUCAACUGCGGCUGCAACAGCAGCAGCAGCCGACAAUAUCAACAGCCACGACAGCAAAAACUACACGAACCGACGUGCGAAUAUGAAUUUAAAUAGUGAACGAAUUACGGAUGCAUUGCGAAGUCAAGCCAAACAAAUGGUUCAUGAUUUAUGCGCGACCAUUGAACAAAAAUUGAAUGAUAAACAUGAGCCUUUCGAUCAAUUGUUAUCACAACAAAUGAAUAGUGAAAUCAAUGAAUGUAAAGAAAUUGAAUCGAAUGUUAGUGCCAUGAGUUGUUUCGAAAAAUUGGAAGAACAACAGAAGCAACAGCAGCAGCAGCAGCAUUCAAUGUCUGUCGACACCCAAAAUGAUAGAUCACAAACACAAAAUGAAUCGGAUGUGAAAAAUGCUAUGGCAACCAUAAAAACUUUAGAAACUGAUCCAGUUUCCAUGAAUGGUUUUGUUUGUGAGCAACCAGUGCAUAGCAUUCAUGGAGUCGAUGACAUUUUAAGCAACGAUACAACUGCCGUGGACGAUAUGAAAAGCGAACAAGAAAUGCUAGUGCAUACAAAUGCCGAGGCAAUAAUUCAAAAUGCUGAGACUAUAAACGAGCUCCAGUUGCAGCAGCAUUGCGACGAUGCCAUGCACGAUAAAAGAAUGUCAGACGAAAAUGAACUGGCAAAACAAACGGUAUUGAUGCAUGAGAAUGACGACAAUGACAACAAAAAAACAUUCCAAAUUAUGGAAAAAAGUCAACCGUCGUCAUGGUGUAUACUGUCGGCAGACAACGAAGCGAAAGUCGAUAUUGACGACAAUACAACAACCGGUUUGUGUGUGUUAAACAACGGCAGCGGUAGCGGUAACGUUGAUCGCAACACCAACGAAACGUCAUUCAAAACGCCCAAUUCAUUAGAAAGUGCAUUCGACUACCAACACACAUUAACACUCGAUGCACAAACACAUGCAGAACCCAAACCAAUGGCCAGUUGUAAUGAAUUCAGUAAACAUGCUGAAGAAAGAGUUGAGUGCAUUGAAUACAAAAUCAUUAGCGCAGACACAAUUGACUUAAGCGACGAAACAAAACUAUUUGAUUUGUCUGAAGCGUACGGUGAUCAUGCGUUCCAUUUCCCCUCAACGUUGCCGCCACCACUACCACCACUGUCACCGCCACCGCCGGUGCCGCAUAGCGUAACCAAUACCAAUGAAGAUAUACCAGGUGUGCAAACAUAUGAAUGUUACGAUUACUUUGAUGGCGACGACGUAAAUACACAGGUAGAUCAUAAUACACACACCGAAGACAAUAUAACACGAUCGACAGUUGAAAAUGAACGUUUGAACAGUACGGAUGGGUAUACAAGUGAAACGAUAACACCAGCAAAAUAUACAAGUUUAGUGAUGAUCACACAAGAUAUUCGAUCGCCAUUGGCAACAUCAAAUGUAAACAUUGUCCCAACCGAUACAACGCACAUUGUAUCCGAUUCCGAUUCGUCUGAUUCGAUUAUUGUGCAGCAUACAAAUCGAUUGUCGGACGAUGAAUACGAACCAAAUUCAUUGGCUGGCUAUUUUACUCGGUCGCUUGAAGAAGAUUCGUUAACCACUUCCACGCCAACCAUCAAACGACGACCCAUUGUUACAAAUCAUUCGAAUGAUUUUUAUUACAGUGAACAUUUGCCAAAUUUUGAAAAUGAUUCAUUUACAAGUUCUGUGUUUGAUAGUGAAAUGUUAAAACCGAGAAAUUACAGUGCUAAUCAAAUGGCAAAUACAAGUGCAAACAUCAAUAGUCGUAGUGAUGAAAAUAAUGCGAAAAAUAACGAUGAUGUGACAGUUGUAACGGGAAAAAAUACAUUAUCGGCCGUUGUGUGCUUGGAAGAUGGUUUGGCCGAUGAUGAUUCGUGGAUUGGAAGUGGUGACGAAGAAGAUGAUUUUGCCGCAGCAACAGCCACCGAUUCAGACACCGAAUAUGCCGAAGAUUUGGCAAUGUGUUCGUCCGUCGAUCGCGAAGAAGAGCUUCGCGGUUACAAUCGAACAUCAAUUGAUUUUACAUUGCACACGAUUGUCGAAGAGAGUUGCGAAGAGAGUGAAGUUGAGGUCAAUGAUAAAAAGAGAAAUCGAAUGUCCGCUUCAGAACUGGAAAAAUACUUUUUCUUUGGAUUGGGCGAUGGCAAACCGUCGCAUCUAUCAAGUAUAGAUACACGCGACGAUAGUAUUUCCGAAACAAGUAGUUUAUGCAGCGAAGGAAUGGAUUCAAUUGGUGCAUCGGAAAGUUCAAAUGGCGAUGUAAAUGCAAUGGCUUCUUCGCGAUUGGAAAAAUACUUUUUGUCCACGUUCAUGGGCUUUUCGGCAAACGAACGUGAUCAGAAUUCGGAUGGUAGUGGUAGUGUUGGCAGUGACAGUGAAGGCCAUGCCAGAAGCCCCGAACAACGGCGCAAGCGUUUGGUUCGUGCUCGUGGCACACCACAUCGAUCUCACAAUUCAUCUUUGGACAAUUUAUUGGCCACCAAAGAUGACAAUCACGAUUCGAUUGUAUCGAAUGAAAAUCCGUCACUUGCCAACGAUUCAAAUGAUUCAUCCGAAACGGAUACAUGCGAUGAGACUGUGAUACAUUUGGAAAAAGAUCAUGCCAAUCCAAAUGAUACACUAAAGCGAAAGAAACAAAUAAAAAAGAAGAGCAGUGACAGUGAAGACAAUAAGAAAUCGAUUGGUACGGUGUCCGAUGAGGAGAGUGGCAAAAAUUCAUUGACACACGAUGGAUAUUCGGCACAAUCGGUGGCCAAUGGAGCAACGAAAAAACAAAGUAGCCGUGACAGUGGUUUUAUUGGUAGCAAUGAUGAUUUGCUGAAAAAUGACGAUCCCCAUAAAAUCGGUUCGGAAUUGAAAAUCGAAUUGGAAGAAAUCAAAGAGGAGACAAAAGAGAAUGUAUCACAACAGCAACAAAAACAACAACAACAACAUCAGUACCAGCAUCAACAAACGAAUGCAAAUCAAAUUCCAACGCCUUCGACAUCGCUUGCACGUAAAGACAGUUUUAAUAAUUACAGUUCGGAUGAAGAAACGAAUCUGAUGAUGUCGAAAUUGCGACAAUUUGUUAAAACGCUUGUCGCAUCGAAUGCAAAUGCACAACGAAAUAAUACGUCGAAAUCAUCAACACCCAUGAUGAGCGAAUCUAAUACGCCCAAAAAUGGCACACCCGUACCGAAGCCACGAUCAAAGGCCAAACCACCGCAACUCGUUUAUUUUGAGAAUGAAUUGACGCGCCUAAUGAAAACGGUUCCCGGAAUCAAUGACGAUCAAGUGCGUGAAAUCGUUGAGUAUUUAAGUAGCGAAGAAACUUGGUCCGAUUCGUAUGAUUCAUCGGACUAUACGAGUUCGGAUUUAGAAGGUGCCGCUUCAUCGACCAGUAAAUCCGAAUUACAAGAACAAAUCUCGGCCAGUUGUCAACAAAUUAUCAAAAAAUUCGAAGGUUCGGUCGGCGAUCCGGAGGGUGUAAUCGGUGACGGUGGUCUAUUCGAUGAAAAACAAUGUUUAAAACGUGAAACUGCAUUAGUUUAUCACAAAUUAGUUUCAUCAUUCUCAAAAAUAAGCAACGAAAAACAACAAAAAGAAUCAAAUCAUUCACCGCCAAUAUUUGCAAAAGUAAUGUCACACAUUGGUACGCGACUGGUUGCGUUGAUGCAUGAAGUGAGCAGUAGUGAAUCUCAUGCAAGUCAUUCGUCGCCAAAGCCAAGCGCUCGAUACCAUAAAAAAUUACAGCAAAAAAUCUCGGCCACAACCACCGACGAAGACGACGAGGACAUCCAAACCCAUGCCAAUGACAAUUUAAUCGAAAGCCCCGAAAGCUAUUUGAAUUUGCCGCGCAGCAAAUCGCACGAUUUGCUAUUGAGCGGCACCCGAUUGCAUCAUCAAUCGAGCAGCGGUGUUAGUGAUAUAGCGGCCGAAGAGAAAGAGGCUAGUGACUACGAACGAUUUUCAUGGCGUGGUAGUUUUGAAUCAGCAUUACUAGCGAAUGGUGAUUCAAGAACAAAAUUGACCCUACUCGACCGUGACAAUUCAUCGUCUGCAUCCGCUUUAGCAGCAAAGCGUCGUUCGGCAGGCGAUUUGUUAUUUAAUCAAUGUAGUCUGAGCCGAGAACAAUUGGAUCGUGUGCGAUCGUGUGGCAGUAUUGGCGGUGCUGGUUCCGGUUCAACCGAUGCCGUUAACAAUAUGGAAUCAUCAAAAUUAUGGGGAUCCGAAAAUAAUCAACGAAGCUCAAGUCAUCGGCCAACAUUUCCCGAUUCCGAUGAUACGUCAUCGGACGAAGAACGACGCCAUCACAUUAUGGGCAAUCGUUCAACGUUGCCGCGUAGCUUACAACAAACAACAAUAACAUCAUCUAGUACAAAUUCACUUCCACGUACCACAACAACGAAUGCACAAUCGCAAAAGUCACAAAAUACCCAUCAAUUUUUGCCAAAUAAUGUAAAAAGUGCACGUUAUCGUCCGCCUGGUUUUUCGCGUUUAACAUCAACACCGAAAAAAGCCAAUUCGUCUCUGGGAUUACCUUCAUUAUAUACGAAACGAGAUAAUACAACACGAACGCGUCGAAUUCAAUCACUUUACAGCGAAGGCGUUAGUUCACCCGAAGCUGGAAAGUCACCGAUAAUUGGUAGCCGAAAUGAUUCGAAAUCGUCGCCAAUUCAACCUUCAAGCCCGGCCGGAACUAAGUUGUCACCAACUUCGGCUGAUUGGCCCGCUCAAUCCGAUGAGGAUAUUGAUCGUCUGGUUGCCAUGCAUCAAAACCGCAGUAGCCUCAGUUCAUUAGGACUGCGUUCUGAUUCGAUGGCAAGUGUGUAUUCGGGUGCUGGCGAAGGACGAUAUAAUACCGUGAUUGUUAAAGGACAAGUUGAAUUUGGCAUGCAAUACAAUUACAAACAAGGAGCUCUCGAGAUUCACGUCAUGCAGUGCAAAGAUUUGGCAGCUGUUGAUACGAAACGCAAUCGAAGCGAUCCGUAUGUUAAGGUGUAUUUGUUACCGGAUAAGUCAAAGAAUGGCAAACGCAAAACAAAAGUCAGAAAGCAUACACUAAAUCCGGUAUUUGAUGAAACGCUCAAGUAUUUUAUGUCAUUGAAUAGCUUGGAAACAAGAACAUUGUGGUUAACCGUUUGGCAUUCCGACAUGUUUGGACGCAAUGAUUUUCUCGGUGAAGUGACCAUCAAUUUGCAAGGCAUUGUAUUCGAUAAUCCACAACCGCAAUGGUACACCUUACAGGAACGAAGUGAACCAUUUGACGACCUUUCAACAUAUCGUGGUGACAUUAUUGUAGGUCUGAAAUUCGUUCCACCCGAUUCGAAAUCGUCGCACUUCUCGAGAUCAUCAAUCAGCAGUGGAUUACGUAAAUUCGGAAGCAUCAAAUCAUCCAAUAAUUCACGUAGUUCAUCGUCAUCGUCAUCAUCAUCGAAAGGCUCUUUGCACGUGCUUGUCAAAGAAGCGAAAAAUUUGAGCCCGGUCAAAGCCAAUGGAAUGUGUGAUGCAUUUUGUAAAAGUUAUUUGCUCCCCGAUAAAAAUCGCAAUUCGAAACAAAAAACGCCAGUGGCGAAACGCUCAGUGAAUCCAGUAUGGAAUUAUACAUUUGCCUAUGAUGAUGUAUCGCUUAAUGAAUUGUCUGAACGUGCACUGGAAUUAACCAUAUGGGAUCAUGAUCGAUUGGCAUCUAAUGAGUUUUUGGGCGGAGUGAGAUUUUCCCUUGGCACUGGGAAAUAUUACGGUAAAUCCGUUGAUUGGAUGGAUUCAACUGGAAAGGAAUUGUCGCUUUGGCAAAGCAUGAUCAAUCGACCGAACUUUUGGGUCGAAGGAUGUGUCGUUUUACGUUCGUCAUUGGAUAGUGCAACAAAUACUAAUUAAAUAUUAACAAAAGUGAAGAAGUUGGACCAGACACAGUUGGCGUUUUUGUUUGUAGUCUUCUAUCGCGAAUUCACACAAUACACGAGUUAAGCAAUCGUCGAAACAAUUUUUCUUAAUCUAUAUAUAUAAAUAUAUGAUUUUUUUAUGUCGAAAAUUAAACUAGUAUUAGUAGACUUUUUUUCCGUUAAUUUAUAUUAAUUAAUGCCAUAUAUAUUUUGAUUUGUAUAUUUUUGACUCUAUUUUCUUUUCUAUAUUAUGUAUUUCGCUUUCAUUUUUGGUCGUUCUCUUGUAUUCAUCAGAAAUGUUUUUUUGUAAAUUUGUUUGCUUCAGUACAAACACACACAAACACAAUAUUAUGAUGAUGCUGAAUUAAAAUAUUAUAUUAAUGUAAAAA